ACUGCCGCGCCGGUGUUGAAAGACGUUCGUGCAAAAUAUUCGGGCUGCACAGAAGAACAUCAACGACACGUAAACGUCACCAAAAACUAGCAGCAAAUCAGUUCAUUAAAUUAGGAUUAGGGCGAUAUGUGUAACUAGGGAGUGCGCCGCGAUACGUCCGAGGCUGCGUGAGAGUGCGACUGCGAGUGGGCAAGUGGCGAUUGCCGAAACAUAUGCGAAGGUCGACGGCGAGAAGGAGCUGCCCUGCCCCACAUAAACUGAAAUUUUUUGCGCUAGCGCUGGAAGCCAACUAGCUGCCGUCAAAGAGCCUUAACGGAGCACCCGGGCACAAUGGCGCUGCCGGGCAAUGGCAUCUACGUGGUGCGGGGCGAGAUGGCCACCCUGAUGACGGCCAUGCGACGUGGAACGCGCUGGAAUGCCACCGCCUACGUGGACGACGAGAAGGACUCGCUGCUGAAGUUGUUCAUUGACCUCAAACAGGAGCUGAAUAGCAUCGAGGAUCUGCGUCUGAUCGAACCACAGGUCUUUCUGGCUCCGUUUCUGGAGGUGAUUCGCACGGCGGACACUACGGGUCCGUUGACUAGUCUGGCCCUGGCCUCGGUUAACAAAUUCUUGUCAUAUGGUCUGAUAGAUCCCACAUCUCCAAAUCUUGCUGACAUUGUGGAGCGCAUUGCCGAUGCCGUGACACAUGCCCGCUUCAUGGGCACCGAUCAGUCUUCGGAUAGUGUCACCUUUAUGCGUGUUAUUGAGGUGCUGCACACCCUCAUCCGGAGUCCCGAGGGAGCUGCCGUCAGCAAUGAGUCCAUGUGCGAGGUGAUGCUCAGCUGCUUCAAGAUCUGCUUUGAGCCCCGGCUGAGUGAACUGCUCCGUCGCUCGGCUGAACAGUCGCUCAAGGAUAUGGUGCUGCUGUUUUUCAUGCGUUUGCCCCAGUUCGCAGAGGAGCGAAGUGACACCAUGCUUCAGAAGCGCUUCACCAUCGGUGAUGCUGCCAGCGGAGCUACUCAAGAAAAGCUCAAGCGAAAGGCUGUGGCGCCGGCACCAGCUGUCCCCAGAAAAUCCUCAACAGUAGAGGAACCUCCACAGACACCGCAAUCUGCCAACCUGGCAGUUCCGGGCCAUCUGAAGGCACCCAUACUGGCCACCACACCCGCCAGUCCAGCGGGAAACAUUCUGGACAUGCAGGGCAAGAUCACGCAGACACCAACCACAACUGCGAGCUCCGGGGAAGAGGAAAUAUCUGCCCCAGAUGCACCUGUCAUUCAAGUGGACUCGCCCGAUUCGGAGCCUUUGUUGGACGGCGAAGCGGGUGAAGGAACCAGCACCCUGGCUGAGGCCAACAGCAGCGAGUACAUCAAUUCGGUGGGCGUUCGUUUUACACAACAAUCGACCGAUCAGGAUGCCGCUUCUCUUUCGCCCUACGGCCUGCCCUUCAUCCAGGAGUUGUUCCGCUUCCUCAUAAUACUCUGCAACCCUCUGGAUAAGCAGAACUCGGAUAGCAUGAUGCACACUGGUCUGAGCCUGCUCACAGUAGCUUUUGAAGUGGCAGCCGAUAACAUUGGAAAGUAUGAGGGCUUACUAGAGCUGGUAAAAGAUGAUUUGUGUAGGAAUUUGAUUUCGCUCCUCAGCUCAGAGCGCCUUAGCAUCUUUGCUGCCGAUCUGCAGCUCUGCUUUCUGCUCUUCGAGUCCCUUCGCGGACAUCUGAAGUUCCAGCUAGAAGGUUACCUCAGAAAACUGAGUGAAAUCAUUGCGAGCGACAAUCCCAAGACGCCCUACGAAAUGCGUGAACUGGCUCUGGACAAUCUUCUGCAGUUGUGGCGCAUCCCCGGCUUCGUCACCGAAUUGUACAUCAACUACGACUGCGAUUUGUACUGCACGGAUAUGUUUGAGAGUCUGACAAACCUAUUGAGCAAAUACACGCUGUCAGCGACCAAUGCGGUUUAUAGCACCCACAUCAUCUCGAUGGAUACGCUUAUAAGUGUGAUUGACAGCAUUGAGCGGAAUUGUGCGGCAGCCAAGAACAGCAACAACAGGGAGUCGUUGCCGGAAGCUGUUCCAAUAACCGGUGGAAGUCGCCAUUCACGACACAGCAGCGGAUUAGAGGGAAUCGUUAUCGAUUCUGGCAAUGGAGGGGCUGAAGAGGAGCCUGUGGAGAACAUAGCCAGUUUUAUAAACGCUAGCUCACAACGAUUGCGAUUGCAAUCUGCCGGAGAUGGAGUGGGUAUAACCACUGAACAGCUUGCCAACGUCAAACAAAAAAAGCGCCUGCUGUCCCAGGGCACUGAACGCUUCAAUCAGCGUCCAGAGAAGGGCAUCCAGUACCUCCAAGAGCACGGCAUCCUAAAUGCCGAGCUUGACCCCAUGCAGGUCGCGCUGUUCCUUCGCGAGAACCCCGGCCUUGAUAAGAAAAUGAUUGGCGAAUACAUCUCGAAAAAGAAGAACGUUGACUCCAAAAUUCUUAUUAAUUUUGUGGACUCGUUCGAUUUCACUGGACUUCGAGUGGACCAAGCACUGCGUCUUUACCUGGAGACGUUCCGAUUGCCUGGAGAAGCUCCGUUGAUCUUCCUUGUGCUCGAACAUUUCUCUGAUCAUUGGCAUACACAAAACAAGGACCCUUUUGCCAAUGUAGAUGCGGCCUUCCGAUUGGCCUAUGCUAUCAUCAUGUUGAACAUGGAUCAGCACAACUCCAAUGCCAAGCGUCUGAAUGUUCCAAUGACGCUAGAAGAUUUCACAAAGAAUUUGCGUGGUCUGAAUGGCGGCGAAGAUUUUGAUCAGGAAAUGUUGGCCCAAGUCUUCAAUGCCAUUAAGAACGAAGAGAUCGUAAUGCCAGCUGAGCAAACAGGCUUGGUGCGUGAAAACUAUCAGUGGAAAGUACUGCUUCGUCGAGGCGCCACAUAUGAUGGCCAUUUCCGCUAUGUCCAUGAUGCGUCCUAUGACGUUGAGAUCUUCAAUAUUGUGUGGGGCGCUUCUCUCAGCGCUCUUAGUUUUAUGUUUGAUAAAAGCACUGAAUCGGGCUACCAAAAAACUCUUGCAGGUUUCAGCAAAUCCGCUGCUAUAUCGGCGCACUACAAUCUACAUUCGGACUUCGAUGCCCUCGUAUUGACUCUAUGCAAAUUCACAACUCUGCUUAGCAGCGUAGAACAGCAUGAGCCCGCUCCGGCAAACAAUGAAAUUCAGCAAGCUGUGAACUUUGGAUUGAAUGGCAAAGCUCAGGCGGCAAUGAGAACGGUGUUCUUAUUGGUUCAUGACUAUGGCGACUGCUUAAGGGAGAGCUGGAAGCACAUACUGGACCUAUAUCUCCAGCUUUUCCGCCUUAAACUGCUUCCGAAAUCAUUGAUCGAAGUGGAAGACUUUUGUGAGGCGAACGGAAAGGCGAUGUUGAUCCUGGAAAAGCCUCGUGAAAAGCAGGAAUCUGGUCUUUUCUCCAGCCUGUACUCUUUCAUCAGCUCAGAGGGUCAGCGAGAGCCAACCUAUGAGGAGCAGGACUUCAUAAAGCUGGGAAGGAAGUGCAUCAAGGAAUGCCAGUUGGACCAAAUGCUUCAGGAAUCAAAGUUUGUGCAAACAGAGUCGCUGCAGGAGUUGCUUAAAUGUGUUCUGGGUCUACUCAAGGCGCCUCAGGGACACAAAUCAAUAGGACUACCAUAUGCCGAAGAUCAAACUGUAUUUUGGAUGGAGUUUCUUGUAAAGAUUGUGGUUCACAACCGGGAUCGCAUGAUCCCGCUGUGGCCAGCGGUGCGAGACCAGAUGUACCUCCUCCUCAUGGGAAGUGCCUCCUGUGGCUAUGAUUACCUGCUCAACCGUUGCAUUGUAGCAGUCCUGAAACUGGCCAUCUAUCUCAUGCGAAACGAGGAGCUGUGUCCGAUUGUCCUGCAGUCCCUCAAGAUGCUAUUGAUGCUUAAGCCAGCGCUGCUACUGCGCAUCUCGAAACAGAUUUCUAUUGGUAUCUACGAACUGCUGAAGACCUCAGCCCAAAAUAUUCAUUCCGAGCAGGAUUGGCAGAUUAUAUUCAAUCUGCUUGAGUGCGUGGGAGCCGGAGCUGUGCCGCCCAGCUAUGAUGAUGCACAGCUUCCAUUACCGCCGAAUGGCAGCGCUAAGUCCGAUGGCGCUCUAAGUGGCGAGGAGGACUCAUCCACUGUACCGGAGCGUGGUUACACCUCUGAUUCGGAGCUCACCAAGGCAUCUGCAGCACCUGCUGCCCCCAGUCCCAGUGCCGAGAAUUGGAUUCUGGUAAACAACAAGGACAGUGAGCUGACUACUGCAUCCAGACCCCAGUCUCCACCAAGCUCGAGUUCUCCUCCAGUUAAUACGCUUGUCUACAGUUGCCAGCUAUUGGAUCACGCACCCUUUGCCCUGUUCAAGUGCUGGGACUCGCUGGCCUUCAUCGUACGGAGUGUUGCCCAUAUUACGCCAUACAAUUUUGAAGCCUGCGUCCGCUGCAUCCGCAUCUUUGUAGAGGCUUGUCGGGAUGGAGGGAUUCGGCAACGCAGAAAGCUGGAGUCUGCAGCGAAACAGAGAAGUUCUAAGAAGCGCAGCGAACGCAAGCCAGGCACGGCUUCUUCCACCUCAAGUAGCAAUCUUACUCUUCUGACCGGCGACCCGGCCGACAACCAGGGACAAGGAAAUGCGGCAGAGCAGGAGGAUCUGGCCCAGCGUUACGAACAGUUGUCCAUUCAGCUGCUGGACCUAAUGUAUACGUUGUACACGCGGACUGCGCAGAUCUUCCGCUGGUGGGCGGAGGAGGGAUGCACAGUGCCUCAGUCGGCAGCUUUGUGGUCACCAGGCUGGUGUCCAUUGCUGCAGGGCAUCGCCAGGUUAGCUAUGGAUCGGCGGCGAGAAGUGCGCACCCAUGCCAUCUCGUGCCUGCAGCAGCGGGCAUUGCUGGUGCACGAUCUGCAGACGUUGUCCGGAACAGAGUGGUGCUCUUGCUUCCACCAGGUUCUGUUUCCCCUCUUGAACGAACUGCUGCCGGAAAGCAGUGCAGCCGGGCAGCUGGAUGCUUCCCUUCUUGAGGAGUCGCGUAUUCGGACGGCCACUAUCAUGUCCAAGGUGUUCCUGCAACAUCUGACCACGCUCAUUGAACUUGGAAACGCCUUCAACGAGCUUUGGCUGGAUAUAUUGGACUACAUUGAACGCUUUAUGAAGGUGGGAUCGGAUACGCUGUCGGAACAGAUGCAGGAGAUCCUGAAGAACAUGCUGCUGGUGAUGCACUCGGUGCGAGUGUUCCACAACCAGGAUGGCAGUCUCCAACAAGCUCUUUGGGAGCUCACCUGGCGGCGGAUCGGUGAAUUUCUGCCAAACCUGAAGGAGGAGCUCUUCCACGAUGAAGGCAAGCGUGCUCAGACCCUAACGAACCCAGCUCCUAUGGCAGCUGUAGUUCCAACUCCACAGCAGCAGGUGCCAGCGGUGGCCAUUUUACCCAACCAAGUCCAGAUAUCUAACGAGUUAAUAGUGAGUGCACCCACUCCCCUCGCAGUUACGCCCGUGGAAUCGCCGAGGAGGAGUAUUAUUCUGCAGCCACCCAUGGCAGAUGCACUGCAGCAGCCUCCCAGCUUUGUAUUUGCUCAGCCGCUGAUUGUUCCACCUCAGCAGCCAGCUGCUACGGAUUCGCAGCACAGCACAUUGCUGCCGGAUCUGGUGAAUGAGGCCACUGCUGCUGCUGUGCAGGCUACGUCCUCGUCGCCGACGCACAGCUCACAAGAAGCAAUCCCUUCGGUUCCAAUUGUGCCACAGACGAACCUCGUAUCCACCAAUAAUACGUACAAUAGCUACGCUAUUGAGGUGCCCAUGGCAUCGGAACCCACUGCGGAACAGUUGGAGCAACAACUGCUCUACCAACAGUACUAUCAGCAGUAUCAGGCCCAGCAGCAACAGUUGGCCGCUCAAACUAGCGAUCCUGCCAUCAAUGUGCCAAUUAGCCAUCUGCUGGCCGGAAAUGCUUACCCCUCGCUCCCUAAAAUGCCGCAGGCAUCUAUUGUGCACAGCUUUGCACCCGUUUAUGAGACCCAGGCGGCGACAAGUGGAAAUGAGCCUACAUCCGACAUCUAUCAGGAGUAUGUGCAAAAUCCCUACAACCUAACGUUGCAGCAGAAUGCGCAGCAGCAGCAACCACAACACCAGCAAGGCCCAGGACUGGCCACUGCAUUUCCCGCCGUUGCCACGCCAGCCAACUACUUUAAUGUAAAUGUGGAUCCCAGUAGCAUACCACCCGGAUCGGAGCUGCUAUAUGGCCAGCAGUGAACAGGAGUGUUGUUGAAAUAGAGUUUCAAGCCACCUGACCGUUUUAUUUUGUACCCUGUGUUGUAGAGAAGGGCUAUCUUUGUAGUUAAUAAUAUAAAAUUGUGUCAA